UUUGGCAGUACCACAAACUGUCUCAUUGUACAUGGGACAGGAAGUAUAUGUUUAUAUGGCUACUGGAGAAAACUUAACGGAGUGCUGGCUUUUGUUUCCAAAUAAAACUAAAAUUGAUCUGCUGCAAGAAAAUGUUGAAUAUGGUGUUGACUACUGGGGAAAUGAUCUUAGUGUUGGUAUAUGUGGUUUCCAUGCCAAAAAUCUCAGUGUGAAUGCUACAGGAAAUUGGAUAUUAAGAGCUAUUGAUACUCAAAAGAUAACAUAUCAAGCAAUAACUACCAUCAAUGUAUUUGAGUAUCCAGACCUACAUGAUCAAGAGGUGCAUCUAUACUUGGAUUCAGAUGGCAGCUUUAGUGGGAGAGUAAUUAACCUGGUGCCAGAUGGUGUUCCGAAUGAGACAGCUGUUUACUGUAUAACACAUGCACCAGGUGAUCACCUUACUGGUGACUUUCAUUAUAAUGGAUGCUCAAUUUACAUUGGUAGACAUGCAAAGGCUUACACAGGUCAGUGGACCUAUCAGCUUGGAAUUGAAGGACUGACUGAAGAACUCAGCUAUUCUCUAAAUGUUACACUUUCAGAACAACAUUUGACAUCAGGAUGGGAACUUUCAACAUCCAAUGAUGGAGUAAUUGAUGUGUUCUGUGAGUUAGAGGAAACUUCAUACAAUGAGGAAAUACAACAUUGUUACUUCACACGUCCAGGAGACAAAAAACGACUCCAUGUCAGUAAUAAUGUUGGUAAUGGUGACUAUUUUAGUUACAAAGUAAACCAUGACAGCUGCCAUCUUAUGAUACUAAAUCCAAGUUCCUUAGAUUACGGACUGUGGUUCUGUGUUAUGAAAACAAGUGGCUCACUGUACACUUCUACAGUCUAUGUUCCUGGCUCUCAAAGUACGGAGAAAGAAGACGUGUUCACGAACAUGAAAAAAGAAGUUGUGCUUGGCCUUCCUACAUUCAUCUUGUGCACUUCACCAUACCCUUUGUCUUCAUGCUUUAUUUCUUCACCAAAUGGUGAAGUAUUUUCUGGAAACAAAAGUCACCUUCAAUUUGGAGAAUGUUUGUUGAUCAUUCCAACAGCUGAGCAGACACACAAUGGAACAUGGAAAUGCCAGAUGUAUAGUGAGACUGAAAUCAACAUUUCCGCCACUGAACUUGUUGUUUGGGAAAAUAAUUUCAUAGCUGUAACACCUUUAGUGAGUGCUGUGAGUGGCGAAAUAACUUCAAUUUUAUGCCGUACUGUUUUCACAUCUCGAAUGACAGCACCAAGCCUUGCUACUUGCUGGUUCAUUCACCCUGAUGGUACAAUUAUUUCACCACAGUACAAUUCAUCAGUUCUAAACAGCAUCUACAAGUAUUAUGGUCAGGGCUUAGAUCAUGGUGAAUGUGGUCUGACAAUAAAUGCUGCCAGUAAAAGAGAUGAAGGAAAAUGGUUCUGCAUUGGACAGCUGCAUGGCUCCCUUACAGAAACAUAUGCUGAAGUAAAUGUCAGUAUUCAUGAGUCACCGAAUAUUUCUCCCAAUGAAGCAUCUGUUUUGGAAAAUGAAGACAUUUAUUUUAAGCUGGAUGUUGCAGUCCCUAUCAGUUCAUCUUGUAUGGCAACAACUCCUAAUGGAACUGUUCUUGAUCUUCUGAAUCUAAGCUCUCCAGAUCUCAGAUACUGGGGUUUACAUUCAGAUUCAAGUGAAUGUGGCAUUAUUAUAGGUGAAGGUUCCACUUCAGGCACUUAUGGUCCUGAAAAGUGGACCCUUUCAGCAGAAUCUCCUUCUGGGACCAAAGUUACUGCAUCUGCAUGGAAGAUAACUGUCAAAGAUAGAGAAACUCUAUUGGGACAAUCUAAAACAAUCAUCAUCAAAAUAGGAGAUAAUGUUGACUUAGACUGCAAUGAAACCGGAGCUCUUUACUGCACUUUUGUACCUCCUAACUCAAAUGAUAAACUCCUUGGUCCUGGUCCUUGCACAUUGACACUGGACCAUGUUACAGCCAGAGAAGUUGGAAUGUGGACCUGUUAUGUUGGCAUUAAGAAUAUGUCUAAGGAAUUUAAAAAGACUAUUGAACUUGUCCUUGAAGAUGAAACAGAAUCAGUAGGAUGGAAGAAGUCAGACUGGAAAGCAGGAGCUGUUGACCUUUAUUGCAAUGUUAAAAGAGUGUUGGAGUACUGUCGUUUUGUGAAACCAUCUGGAGAGUCAUUCAGAGCUGCUGAAGGACUUGGAAUAAGUGGUUUAAUUUAUUAUGGGAAGGGUCUUCAAAGUGGAGAUUGUGGAAUCACUGUGUCAGCCUUGUCAGAAGAGGAUUUUGGUACUUGGAGAUGUAUCCUUGGUGUGUCUGUUGAGGGCACCAUAGAGACAGAGACAAGGCUCAUCAACAUUCAUGGCACCACAAAAGAUGAAAUAAAAGAACUGAAAACUGAGAGGCGAAAAGAAAUUGUUUUGGUUGGGUCUGAGCUAUUUGUAUCAUGUCAAGCUGACCACAGUUUAAGUUACUGUUGGAUAAGGCACCCCAAUGGAACCAGAGUGAAUGCAAAUACUGACCUUCUGUCAGGAAGUUGUAUGGCAGUAACUAUUGCAAAUAUGGAAGAUGCUGGUCCAUGGGAAUGUCAUCUUGGCCUACCAAAUGAAGAGAAAGUCGUUUACAUUGAUGUCACUGUUACAGGAUCAAGACUGUAUGCUGAUAAAGCAGUCACACUAAGUGGUAAUUCAGCAUCUUUCAUUUGUCACUCAGUACCUACUGGACAUAGCUUGAAGUACUGCCGCUUUGUUAGGCCUGAUGGGAAAGGCUUCAGAUUGACUGAUGAAUCUAUUUAUGAACAUUAUAGUUACAAUGGUGCUGGUCUACAAUAUGGAGACUGUGGUUUGAAAAUCCACAAACUUGGACAACAAGAUAUUGGACAGUGGAUAUGUGCAGCUCUUGUACUUGGUGAAAGAAUAGAAGGUAGUGCCUCAGUCAUGAUUACUCAAGAAGAUCUGUCUUGGUCUUUAGGCACUAUUAUAGGUACAAUAGUGGGAGCAUUAAUGUUUGUCACAGGUGUUGCUAUUUUUGGUGUAUGGUACCUGAGGAAAAAGAGGAAAGCUCCACAACAAAGACAUUCAAUUGAUGCAGCAUCAAAUACAAGCUCACAAGAAGAACAUAGUAGUCCUUAAUAAUUAUGGAAUUGUAAAACCAUUACCAUUUAUCACUGAAUGGAUGGACUGAUAUAACAAGCUUGUAACUCCAUAAGCUUGAUUAUCCCUUUAGAUUAGGAGCAACAGCUGCCUUACCAUGAUUUUUUUACUUUAAUUUCAUACUAUUUUUGAUUUUAUAUUCCUUUGUGAUAAUAUAUAUAAUAUAAUAUC